UGGUAUUCCUUACAUUCCCAAUAAUAUUGAGAACAGUUAAAUAUUGUUAAAAUUUAAAAAAAACAAAAACCAAUAUUGUUUAAAGCAGUAAAGUGAAUAUGUUAAUAGAUAAAAUAUGUGUAAAAAAGAAUACGAUCGAUAAAACAUUAGUGCAGUGUUUUUUUGAAAAGUUUUGUUGUUAUCUAAUUUUAAGUUUUAAGAAUGGGUAACACAAGCAAGAAACUAGCAGCAAAAUGCACUUUAUUGACGAAAGAUGAACAGAAGCAUGUUGCAGCCACAUUCAGGGCAGCCAGUAAGAAUUCGGAGAGGAUACGGGAGGAUGAUCUCAUCGUGAGUGGAAAAGUAGAUGCAGUGUCAUUAGAAAAAUUUUGGGGACCUCAAAUCGAUCCCCGGCUGGCGCAGUACUUAACGAAUUUCCUUUUCGGUUCCGGACAAGAGAAGUCGCCCUCGGUCGACUUCAAUCGUUUCGCUGAGCUGUACGUUUAUAAUGUUAGAGGCACUGUCGAUGAAAGAAUGAUGGUCACCUACAACAGUCUCGGGAAAGACUACAAUGAAGAAAUCGAAUUGCCGUAUCAGCUUCUGCGAGAGUACUGCGAAAGCAUAGCUUCGACUUACAUCAAGAUCCUCAAGUCCUCGUCGUCGAAGCGCGCCCAGACCUGGAUCAGCAAAGGGUUCAGGGGUCGGGCGUGCCACGUGCAGGCCCUGGGCGAGGCCGUGGCCGCCAGUAUAGGAGGAGACAUGGAUUCGGCACAGCAUCAUUGUACGGCCAAUCAGUUGUCUAGUUGGUUACAGCAGAAUACAUUACUGAAGCAGUUGGCCGAGCUGGUCUUCGUCAAUCUCUACGGCAUCAACAAGAAGCAAGGCGACGAGAGUCCGACCCCGAUGCCGACGUUGCCAUCGCUCCUACCCCUGCCUGAAGGUCUAGAGUCGAUGCCAGAUUAUCCAGCCUUCAUCGACUUAUCACACAUCGUGUGGCUGAACAGCCAUAUACCCCAGAAAUACCAGCACAAGUGGAGGUUUCUUUUCUCCUCACAUAUCCACGGAGAGUCCUUCUCGACUAUGGCAGGCCGCAUCAUCGAUCAGGGCCCGUCGAUUCUGAUCAUCGAAGACAACUCGGGCUACAUCUUCGGAGGCUUCGCCCCGGAGGCGUGGUCCCUGGGCCCCAACUUCGGCGGCACGGAGGACUCCUUCCUGUUCACGGUAGCGCCCAAGAUGAGGGUCUACCCGGCGACCACGUACAACGACCACUACCAGUACAUGAACCAUCACACGAAGACUUUACCGAACGGAUUGCUGAUGGGCGGCCAGUUCAAUUUCGGCGGGAUAUGGGUGAACGCGGAUCCUUUCGGCGAAGGGUCCUCGGCGGAGUCGUGCAGCACGUACCGAGGGUACAAGCGGCUCAGCAGGGAGCCCAGCUUCAGGAUCCGGAGCCUGGAGGUGUGGGGCGUCGGCGACAAGCCGGUCAUCGACAAGGACUCGGAUGAACGGGAAGUCAGCGUGUUGGACACCAAUCCAGAAGCCAAAGCCAUCUUAGAGUUGGCAGGUAGAACACGGCACAGCGAGGGUAUCCGCGAACCUCCACCCUUAUAGACACGCUAAAAUAUGCCUUAAAUCACUAUAGGUACGAUUGUAAUUGUGUUGAGACUUUUCACCUAUAUUGCUUUGAUAAUAAUUCCAGUGUAAAUGUGUAUGCCAAAUUGAAACUUAUGUCGAUGCGAAGCAGAGACUAUAAUUGAACGUGCAUAGUUGUGUUAGUAUUCAUUUAAUUACCACAAUGUGCUCUGUAAUUGUAUAUUCUAAAAUCAACUUUAUAUCAAUAGGUGAACGGUUCGAAAUCGUAUUGAAAGUUUGGGGUCUCUUAUAUCAAGGAGUGACAGACUAUUUGAUUUAAGUGAUAUUUAUGCAACUUUACAAGAGAGCCAUUUAAAGUUUGGAAAAAAAUCUUAAAACAAAAAAAAAGCUUUAGUUAUUUGAAUAAGGUAAACUUAACUGAAGUUCAAUUAUAAACGUCGAUCUGUUGAUACUAAUACCGAAUAAAAUGGACCUUUAAUUACAAAGAUAAAUGUCGCUUAAAAAAAAUAGCGUUUCAAUCCUUUCGAUAUGAUGAUUCGAUAAUAGCGAUUUCAAACGAACAAACAAUGUCAAGGAACAUUUUUUUUUAGAUAUAUAUUUUUCAUGCAAAUUGUGUGUAUUUUAAAUUAAUUUUUAUUAAACUCUCACGAUUUUCCCGGGACGUGUCGUUUCGUAUAAUAAUCACGUGGUUUGUUUGUGUCAAUGUCGAACUAGUCUUAAUAUAUACAAUGGCUGUACAACAAGGUGCCAAUGAUGAAAAUAGCUUAUAUAUAUUUAUAUAUAUCGUCGUUGUCAAACCAAAAUCUGCUAUGUGCAUUUUUGAGAUUUCUACUUUUUGACCUUUUCGUA